AUGGACCCAUGGGGUCUGGGUUCCAAUGGGAAUCUUUCAGCAACCAGCAAGGAGUCCCAGAACCAAGAGGGCGCCCCGACACCGCGGGGCUGCAGAGAGAGCGUAGUGGGUGGGGUGGAUUCUGCCUUGGGGGAGCUGGAGUGCGCAGCCUAUUCCGUGUUGACCUGCGUGGGGGCGAGUACUGGCGAGGAGCGCACGCUGCUCCUCACCUGCGCGGCGCCGCCCGCACUCAAGAACGGUCGCGGUCCACGUGGCGCUGGCUGCAGCCGAUCCCCGUGCGCCUUCGCAGCCGCCGAAGUUCCUCGAGGGUUUGGAGUGGGCGGCUUCGCUAAGCGAAAGCGCCGGGCUACCCAAGCCCGAGCCUCCCCGCGGGCUCUGUGCACAGGCUGCGCCACGUGGCCUUCACCCCUCGACUCCUCCGCACCCCCGGCCCCCGGCGCCCUGCGGCCCUCGCCCUUCCCGCACCCGGCGCUGCACGGCCUCCACCGCCUGGCGCGCGCGCUGCUCUUCCCGGCCUACUGGACCCUGGAUCAGCUGCUGGGCUGCUGUGCACCAACGGCGCGCCCGAUGAGCCUGGGGAGGCUGAGACGGGCGGCGCGCGGCUUCGCGGCGCUGCUGCUGCUGCUGCUGGUCGGCCUGCCCCUGGCGCUGCCCGGCCUGCUGCUCUGGCUGUGGCUGCAGGUUUGGCGCCGCCCCUUCUGCUACCGCCCCCCUCCGCUGUGCUGGGCGCCGCCCGCACCCUGGCGCCCGCCGGCUGAACCCGGGCGCUGCUUUGCCUUCCUCACAGCCGAUCUGUGCCUGCUCCCCGACGGGCUGGCGCGCUUCAGCAACCUGCCGCACAGCCAGCGACGGGCCGAGGCCAUCGGCGCCGCGCUGCUGGCCGGACUGCGGCCCCCGCUCUACAGGGCGACGGACUGCACCCAGCCCUGGCCCAGGGCGCCGCGCGGGGCACUGGUGGCCUCGCUGCCCGUGGGUCUGGACUUUGUGUGCCUGCAGGAAGUAUUCGAUCUGCGAGCAGCGCGUCGCCUGGUGAACCGCCUGGCGCCCAACCUGGGUCCUGUGCUGUACGACGUGGGUACCUUCGGCCUACAGCCGGGGCCGCACCUGAAGCUACUGGGCAGCGGGCUGCUGCUGGCCUCGCGCUACCCGCUGCUGCGCGCCGCCUUCCGUUGCUUCCCCCAUGCGCGUGGCGAGGACGCGCUGGCUUCCAAGGGACUACUGUCCGCACAGGCGCAGCUGGGCUGCCUGGACGGGCGCCGCAUAGUGGGAUUCCUGCACUGCACGCACUUGCAAGCACCGGCUGAGGACGGGCCCUUGCGCAGCAAACAGCUGACGCUAAUGCUGGACUGGGCCGAGCAGUUUGAGGCACAGAGCGACCAGAGUGGAGAGGUCGUGGCUUUCAGCGUGCUCCUGGGCAACCUAAACUUCGACAACUGCUCAAAAGACCACGCGCUGGAGCAGGAGCACGAGCUCUUCAGCCGCUUCCAGGACCCCUGCCGACUGGGCACACGCCAGGAGCAGCCCUGGGCCCUGGGGACCAUACUGAGCACCUCCGUGCUCCACCACUCCGUGGCCUGCUCCCCCGAGAUGCUGCGGCGGGCCCUGGAGCAGGAGAAAGGACGCCACCUCUACCUGGCCGGCCAUCCCUGCAGAAGCCUCCGGGCUAAACCCUGGAGAGGUCGGCGCCUGGACUACAUCACCUACUGCGGAGUUCCCGGGGGCCUGCUGCGCCCAGAGGUGCAGCAGGUGAUGUUCAGCACCGCCCUGGCAGGGCUCACGGACCACCUGGUGGUGGGCCUGCAGCUACGAGUCUCUGCGUCCUAAGGCGCAGGUGGAAGGCGCGUAGCCGGCACACACAGACACGGC